CUAGAGGGUGUCACGAUAAGUUCGAUUAUGUUGUGGAAGACGGCGAUAGUUGGCUUUACAUUGUACAGUGUCGUUAUUGAAGCAUUUGUUGUGCAGAAGGAUUUCCAAGUUCAGUCAUCGGAUGCCAAAUUGACCACGCUGCAGCUAGCUGCCAGGUACGGCUACCGGGUGGAAGCGCAUGAAGUCGAAACCGAUGAUGGAUACCAAUUGGAGGUUCAUCGAAUCACGGGCAGCGGAUCGACGCUGUAUGACAAACGGUUACCUCCGGUCUUUUUGAUGCACGGUCUUCUGGCAUCCUCGGCGGAUUGGUUGCUGAUUGGAGCCGGCAAUGCACUUGCCUAUCAGCUGAGUGAUUUGGGAUACGAUGUCUGGUUGGGAAAUGCACGUGGCAAUCGAUACUCGAGGAAGCACAAGAAAUAUACACCCAAUAUGGAUCGGUUUUGGAACUUCUCGUGGCACGAAAUUGGAGUUUAUGAUGUACCGGCGAUGAUUGAUUGUGUGCUGAAUGUGACGGGGAAGGAGAAAUUGCAUUAUCUGGGUCAUUCCCAGGGAUCGACUACGUUUUUUGUAAUGGCUUCGAUAAGGCCGGAAUUCAAUGAUAAGAUAAUCCUAAUGCAGGCACUUGCUCCUGUUGCCUAUAUGGACUAUGUCAAGAGUCCACUGCUGAGUUACUUCGUCAGGCAUAUGGGUGUAAUUUCGACUAUCAUUGAACUAUUUGGAUUGGCAGAGUUCAAACCAAUCUCUCGAGUGACGCUAGAGCUUGCCAAAUUAGUUUGUCCAUCGUCGCAAGUUAAUACCCUGUGUACAAACAUAUUGUUUUUGUUGGCUGGAGCUGAUCCGGAACAAGUCGAUCCUCGCAUAAUUCCAAUUCUUUUGGGACACAUUCCUGCUGGAUCAUCUACAAGGCAGCUCAUGCACUAUGGCCAGGAGAUGCUGUCCGGUCAGUUCAGACAGUACGACCACGGAAAAAUAAAGAAUUGUUUCGUCUACGGACGGGCGGAACCGCCAGUAUAUAAUUUGACAGAUGUUACCGCUCCGGUUGCUCUGCAUUAUGGGGCUAACGAUUACCUGGCCCAAGAGGGUGAUGUCCAGCGGCUGGCGAAGGAAUUGCCCAACCUGGUGGAAUGUUUUCGAAUUGAGUCGGAUGCAUUUAAUCAUAUGGAUUUUUUGAUAGCCAAAGAUGUGAAUAAAUUGUUGUACGAUCGUUUGAUCAGCAACAUUGAAAAAUAUAGUAACGAGGAAGAUUAGGAGAAGAUUUUUUAAAUAAUAUUCUAAAGUACACUGACGUCUAUUUCCGGAUUUAGUGUGAAAAUGAAUUCCUAAAGACUUGAAACAUAAUGGACAACAAAUGGUGAAGAUAUUAGCAUUAACUGAUUGUAACGAAAAUGCAUUAGAUGAUUUUAUUUUCUUCUUUCAAUUCUACCAGAAGCUCGAUUCUAUUUUUCAAGCUAUGUAAAAUGAGUGAAAUGAGUUUUGUUGAAAAAAGAAACAUUAACAGAAAAUUGCAUCUAAUGUACACGAACUAGUAAUAAACCACACCACAACCUUAUUAAGGAAACGGACAAUCGGACUUCACGCCUCUUGUACGCUGUACGCUACUUAGUUCCAACGAAUGCAAACCUACGCUGCUCCACUGCUCGCAUAAUAAUUCCAACUAU